AUGUGAUAGGUGCAGUUUAUGCGAAGGUCAGGGAGAAAUCCUGUACUGAUUGCCGCAGUAAACUAUCUUGUCACAAAGUUGCACCGCCUACAAACGGAAUAUUGUCCUACAGUAGCCCACUUCUUGCCUAUUAUUGCCUUGUCAUCCGCACUGGAAUGUAAAUUUUUGUUGACAGCGGUACGUUGCAUCUCUCUGUGGAUUGGGCACAUAGGCGUGAAAAGAAAACCUGGAUUUGCACACACGUAAUUUACGCAUUCCGAAGACUUUCAAAGUCGUUAUCCUGAGCCCUCAUGGCAAGCCCAAAAGCCUUUCACAUAAAUAGCCCGUUUUUGGAGAGCAUAGACAUGUCAAAACGGGCGGGGAUCAAUGUGUAUUUAAAAAUGGAAAGUUCCCAACCCUCCGGUUCAUUCAAAAUCCGCGGUAUCGGACACCUGUGCCAAAAGGUAAGCAUGUUCAAAGGGUUUAAGUAAAAUGAUCGUAAAUCUAAUUUAUAUGACAUCUAAUGACAAACAUACUUAGAAUAGAGAUGUAGUAACAUUUCAAAGAUUAGCCUAUUGUUUUACACAAGUGAUGGGCCUACAUACUGGAAACAAACAACUUAAAACGAACGAACCUUUGACAUUCUGCUCGUCAUGGAAUAUGGAAAAUAUCCGCCAUUAUUAAAAAAUGGUUUGUUUACUACUGUUCAAACACUUGUGCGACAACACCUCCUAGUGUUGACCAGAGAACAUUUCAUUUAAUGGUGUCUUGAGUUCAUGAUGAUAAAAACGGAAAAAAAGCAACGUUUCAAUAUAUAAAUCACUCAAUCUUUCUCAGUUAGAUUUCUAUUUUUUUUAUAUAUGUGUAUAUAUAUCUGAUCAAUGGCAUUAUACUUUUUUAAAUUUCUAGAUUGCAGGACCAGAGUCCAAAGGAGUUGUUUGCUCCUCAGGUAGUAGACGAUUUAUAUAAUAAUAUUUCCAAAUUAUCCCAACAUUCCCCAUUAUGACAAUAUCUUUAUGUUGUGUUCAGGUGGCAACGCGGGGAUGGCCACAGCCUAUGUAGCACGCAAACUAAACAUUCCAGCAACUAUCAUUGUGCCUUCAUCCACGCCUGAGCUGAUUAGGGAGAAACUGAAGGACCAGGGAGCCACGGUCAGAGUAUCUGGCAAGGUAAUCCCGACAAUUAGUGACCACCUCUCCUCUCGAGUUUUUGCCAGCCUUAUAACUGAAGACUGACUUACCUGUGGACUUUGUAGGCUACUCUGUUCCCCCAGGUGUGUGUUGCCAUUUGUAUGUCUCAUUUUGCCUGUUCAGGUGUGGGAUGAUGCCAAUGAUGAGGCCCUGCGUCUGACCCAGACUGAUGGCCUGACCUAUGUCCCACCCUUUGACCAUCCUCUGCUCUGGUGAGAAGAUACUCCAGUCAGACCAACCUUAAAUUAGCCUGUAAGGGACAUGACAUCUAGAAUGACCGACUUAGAUCACACAUAAUGGUUCAGAUUAUGUGAAAUGAACACCAUUCUUCUACUAUUAGGAGUUGCUGUUGCCUUUUCUUUUGAAUGAACAAUUUCCCCUCCCCUUUUCCUCUUGUUUGUCUCAUUUUUCCCCCUUUCGAUUUUGUGUAAAGUGUCUGGUGACACAUUUGUUUGGAAAAUACAAUUUAAAUACAUUUUUAUUUUAUUUGAUUCUACCCCAGGCAAGGCCAUGCCAGUAUUGUGAGAGAGAUCAAGGCCUCUCUUCCAUCCAAGCCUGGGGCUGUUGUUUUAUCUGUGGGGGGAGGAGGGCUGCUCUGUGGGGUGGUGGAGGGCAUGAAGGAAGUGGGCUGGGGCAGUGUGCCCAUCCUCUGCAUGGAGACUGAGGGAGCAGACUGUUUUAACGCAGCAGUAAAGGCUGGCAAGAUAGUCACCCUCCCUGACAUCACCAGGUGAGAAGAGAACAGAGAUUAAACUGUGAGAUAUUCAUUUAGCAUAAUGUUUUAUUCAAAUCUAUUCAAUUAUUUUCUAUUUUAUUUUAUUAUAUUCCAUUGUAAUGAUCUGGGAUGAUGGUUGCAUUGCCAGUGAGGCCAAGUGUCUGGGUUCGAAGACGGUGUGCAGCCAGGCCAUUGAGUACAUUAAGGAGGGCAACAUGAACAUCAUAUCAGAGCUGGUCACUGACCAGCAGGCCCUGCAAGCAGUGGAGACCUUCCUUGGUGAGUGUUAUACCAGCCACCACUGUUGUCAGAUGGAGCAUUCUAUAAUUGUUUUAAAUGUUCAAUACAUCUCCAUACAUUACUCUGCUUUAUUUGAUGUAUAGUUUUAUCCUAAAAGAAACGUAGCUACUGUUACAACUACGACUAAAACUAUGUAUGUGUUUGUGUGUGCGCAUGUGUGCCUGCUGUUGUGCAUGUGUGCUUGUGUGCGUGUGUGUGCCUCCUUGUCUGUGUGGUUGCGUGUAUGUGUGUGUGUUCAGACGAGGAGCGUGUGCUGGUGGAACUGGCCUGCGGGGCUGCGUUAGCGGCUGUGUACUGUGGAGUCAUCCAGAGACUGCAGGGUGAGGGCCGGCUGCCCGUUCCCCUAGCAGGACCCCUGGUCAUGAUCGUCUGUGGAGGGAGCAGCAUCAACCUGGCACAGCUGGAACAUCUCAGGAAGGUCCUCAACAGAUGAACACAGAACAUGGAGCUCCUAGGCUGCAUCUCAAAUGUCACCCUAUUCCCUAUAUAGUUCACUACU